AUGGAGAAGACGCUCUUUCACUUUCGAAAUGGGAGUCUGCUGCAACACCUAUAUCUUCUCGUGAAAACUCCCAUGGAGAAGACACUUUUUCACUUUCGAAAUGGGAGUCUAUUGCUGCACCCAUAUCUUCUCGUGGUCGUUUUGGCAUUGAGCGUCAUUAUGAUGGACCCUUUUAAGUGGGGCCCAUUGGGAGGACGAGACUUUAGGCCGGUGAGAAAUGACAUAGCGCCCUACGAUGAUGUGAUGGGGGGUUGGCCUUGGGACAACCGAAGCCGGUUGGGAUUUGGGAAUUUGGAGUUCAAGGAUGAUAUUUUCGGGCCCGAGUCCCUAGAGUUCGACAGUUUGGGUCGUGGCCCGUAUGCCGGGCUAGCUGAUGGACGUGUGGUGAGGUGGAUGGGCAAAGAUGCCGGCUGGGAGACAUUUGCACUAGUCUCCCGUGAUUGGUCUGAGAAGGAAUGUGCACAAGCCAAGGACUCGACGACAAAGAAGCAGUGGAAUGUGGAGCCGAAAUGCGGGCGCCCUCUCGGUCUAAGGUUCGACAAAAAGAGCGGUGACCUGUACAUUGCUGAUGCUUACUAUGGGCUCCUUGUGGUGGGGCCUGAUGGCGGCCUCGCGACCCCAGUGGCAACGCAAGCCGGUGGGGAACCCAUUCUUUUUGCAAACGACCUCGACAUUCAUGACAAUGGGUCCAUCUUCUUCACCGACACUAGCAACCGAUACAAUAGAGUGGACCAUUUUUUUAUAAUGUUGGAAGGGGAAGCAACUGGACGGCUACUCAGAUACGAUCCUCAGACGAGAACAACACAUGUUGUCCUAAAAGGACUGGCGUUUCCUAAUGGAGUUCAGUUGUCCCAGGACCAAUCUUACCUCCUAUAUACAGAGACUACCAAUUGCAGGAUUAUGAAACACAUGCUGAUGGGGCCAAAAGCGGGCAGCACAGAGGUUGUGGCAAACCUUCCGGGAUUUCCAGAUAACAUUCGGAUAACCGAGAGUGGCGAUUUCUGGGUGGCGAUCGACUGCUGCAGGACAGCUGCCCAAGAGGUUUUUGUCCGAAAUCCAUGGCUGAGGAGCCUCUACUUUCGGGUGCCUCUACCUAUGAACUAUUUGGCGAGGAUGGCUGGGAUGAGAAUGUACACCAUGAUAUCACUCAUCAAUGGCGAGGGAGAGAUUUUGGAUGUUCUUGAUGACGAGAAAGGGGUCGUUAUGAAGUUGGUUAGUGAGGCAGGAGUCCGACUUGAGGUCCUGUCUCGUAAGGGGUUUCCUCCGACUCUCGAUGCGUGGAGGCUGAGGCUCUGGCUCAUGAUUCUCGACCUCUCAGCGCCGACCUAG